AUGUCUGAGUCCGACGUCGUCAAAGCUUCAUACUGGUUCCCGGCUACUGACUUUCCGGCCACGGACAUCGACUCAUCCCUUUUCACUCACCUCUUCUGUACAUUUGCCGAUCUCGAAGCUGAGUCAUACGAAAUCACUAUCGCCACAUGGAACCAAGCACCAUUCCACGCUUUUACAGAGACUGUCCAACAGAGAAAUCCUCACGUUAAAACACUCUUGUCAAUAGGUGGCGGUAAUGCUGACAAAGACGCGUUCGCAUCCAUGGCAAGUAACCCCGACUCCAGGGCAUCGUUCAUUCAAUCGACAAUCACCGUUGCUAGGUCGUACGGCUUCCAUGGCCUCGACCUAGACUGGGAGUACCCGAGAAACGAGGAAGAGAUGUACGAUUUCGGGAAGCUACUGGAAGAAUGGCGAUCGGCCGUUGAGGCCGAGUCCAAUAGCAGCGGUACAACGGCUUUGAUCUUGACAGCUGCGGUUUACUACUCCUCGAAUUACCAAGGGGUACCGUACCCUGUUCUGGCCAUUUCCAACAGCUUGGAUUGGAUUAAUCUUAUGGCCUAUGAUUUUUACGGACCGGGUUGGUCUACAGUGACUGGUCCACCCGCCUCUCUGUAUCUUCCAACCGACGGUCGAAGUGGAGACUCAGGUGUGAGGGACUGGACUGAAGCCGGACUUCCUGCGAAAAAAGCCGUGUUAGGAUUCCCAUACUAUGGCUGGGCCUGGACUCUGGCAGACCCCGACGUUAACGGCUAUGACGCAAACACCACUGGACCAGCAAUAUCAGAUGACGGUGAGAUCAGUUACCGUCAGUUACAGACGUGGAUAGUAGAUAAUGGAGCGACGAAGGUGCAUGAUGACAUGAUGGUCGGAGACUAUUGCUACGCCGGGACAACUUGGAUCGGGUACGACAGUGAGAAGAGCAUCGUCACCAAAGUGAUAUACGCUAAGCAGAAGGGUCUGCUUGGUUACUUCUCGUGGCACGUUGGAGGUGACGACAACUCGGAACUCUCUAGUGCAGGUUCGACUCCUUACCAUAUACUUAUUUUAUGUAUGAGUUGGAAAUAUAGUAAGAUUUAUCAUCCGAUCCAUGUAAUAAAUAGCACGAAUUGGACGAUAAUUUAUAACAGUAGGAAAUUUGAUAUAUUGAAUUUUGUUUUUAUAGCGUCACAAGCAUGGGAUAUUACAGAGAUGGAAUGA